GGAUUCCGGCCGAAGAGGAGGAGGAGGAGGAGGAAGAGAGAGAUGGGGUUGCAGAAGGAAAAGGGGAAACCCUCUCAGGUUAGUCGCAAGGUGAUCCAAGGAAAGGGCUUCGACGGCAACGAUCACUGGGCUUUUCUGGAAGAAAUUGAAGCCCCAUCAUGGGCAGACCUAACGAUUGAAGCUCAAUCCAUGGACAAUGACAUUGACGAUGCUUGGUUCCGGGUAUCACAUCCGAUCCAUCAAAUGUCUUCUCAACAACUCAAGAAGUCCUUCAAAAAACGUUGGCAAAUAUCAAGAUAUUUUGCUGAUUUCUCGAUGCUACUCUCCGAAGAUUCCUGAGUCUGUCUCACGAUCUAGAGGCAAGCAUUACGAGAGCUGGAAAUGGUUAGGAAAUGUGAAUGGUUCUUUAACUGCUAAACAACAUCCUGUUAGGAAGUUAAUGGGUGGGAAAAGUUUGGAUACAGUAAAGAAGAAGGCUACUACUCGGAAUAGCUCAACGAGCACGAUCACAGAAAGUUCAUCUUCCAGGAAACCGUUACAUAACUCAAGUGUUCUCCAGGCCAAUGCUGCAACUGAAACAAGCUUGUCGAGCUGUGUCAUGUCCAAGUACCAAAAUUUGAGGCCAAAUUCAAGCUUUCGAGGUCCCAGGAAGACUUGUGAUGUGAAGAGAGUAACUUCUCAGGUUGCUGGCAAAGUUUCUAGUGUGGCUCACAUUUCAGGAAAAUCGAGUGCAGGUUCCUCUUGCAGCCCUGGAAGCAUAGUCCAGAAUGUCAACACUACUAAAAUACAGAAAAAUGGAAUGUGCAAGGAAAAGAAGAAGGCAUCAGGAACUGUCAUAAGGGCACAUGAAACACGAAUUAAGGAUGUAACUCAACGUGUGCACCAUCAAAAUAAAGCAGGUGAUGCUAAAUUGGUCUGCCAAGAUUCAGAAUCCAAGGCUUUAGGUCCUGCCGCACCCAGGAAGCCUUUAAGUCAGCUCAAUAAAUCAAGACCACAAAAGACUGGAGUUGUCACAAUUCAAAGAAACUUCUCUCUGUUAGGAAUAAAGAGAAUACUGCAGUGUCCCAUAUAUGUGAAGUGAAACUCACACAUUACAGGUAAUAACCAAUGGAAGAUAGCGGGAAAAAAAAUCUGACAACCAAACUCCCUUGAGAUGGGACAUGCUAUUUCACGUGUAUAGAUUCCCUUCUCAAUAUAUGAUCGUUUUACGCUGUUAGCUUUCUAGUGCAAAAAAAAAAAAAAACACUGUUAGCUUUC